UACACAGCUGCUUCCGGUUGCAGUGAAACAGAAGUUUUCUGCUGGAAGUGGUUUUCUUUCUCUUUAACCUGACACAGAAUAUGAACCCGGGUACGUUAAACACUUUAACUUAGCUUCGACGUAGCAUUUUAUUUGUAAUAAUUACUAUUUUACGAUAAAUAGCUUUAUAAAACUAAGCUAGCAACAAAGAAAUGAUGGUCAGAAUUAGCCAAAAAACACAUUGAAUAUUUAGCUUGUUAUAGAAGACAUGGGCUCUAAUGUUACAUGUUUGUAGGCUUCAACACCAGAGGGUUAUGAGAUUAUUCAGCAACAGAGUGAAACAUGGUUCCAUUAAAGAGAAGGAAACUUGUCCCAUCACAUGCUGGGAACACUGGGACUAACCUCAAUGGAGAGAAAGUGCCAGCCAAGUUCCCCCAGGUUGUUUUAUUCCUGUUAGAAAGAAAGAUGGGAGCCAGUAGAAGAGCUUUCCUCUCUCAGCUCGGGCGAAAGAAAGGAUUUCAAGUGGAGGAGAUGCUCAGUAAAAGUGUCACACAUUUAAUUUCCGAGAACAACUCUGGCGCUGAGGUGAGGGCGUGGCUGGACUCACAGGACCAGAAACCUGCUCACCUUCUGGACAUCAGCUGGUACACAGAGAGCAUGCGUGAAGGCCAACCUGUUGAAAUACUGGACAGACAUAAACUACAGGAUCAGCGGAUCAAUGAAGCAGAGGUUGAGGUGUUCUCCGUCCCCAGCUACGCCUGUCAGAGAAGGACAACUCUAGACAACCAUAACACCACCCUCACUGAUGCUCUGUCGCUCCUGGCUGAAAACGCUGAGCUCAGUGAUGAGGAAGGACGAGGUGUCGCAUUUCGACGAGCCGCCGCCGUGUUGAAGGCUCUCCCCAAACCGGUGACGAGCAUGUCGCAGCUCAGAGGGCUUCCCUGUCUGGGAGAACACUCACUCAGAGUCAUCAAAGACAUUUUAGAGAAUGGAGCAUCAAGUGAAGCUGAAUCCACAAAGCAGUCAGGGCGGUAUAACGCGCUGAAGGCUUUGACAGGUAUCUUCGGAGUUGGAGCGAAAACAGCAGACCGAUGGAUCAGAGAGGGGAUACGCAGCCUUCAGCAGCUUCAGGAUUCAGGACAAACUCUCAAUCGAGCUCAACAAGCAGGUCUGGAGCACUAUGAUGACAUCAACCAGCCGGUCACUAAGGCGGAAGCCGACGCCAUCGGUGAGAUUGUGGAGAGAGCUGUUGUUUCUGUGUUACCCGGUGCACAGAUGAGUCUGAUUGGAGGAUUCAGAAGAGGAAAGCUGACGGGCCAUGAUGUCGACUUCCUGAUAACACAUCCAGAGGAGGGCAGGGAGGUGGGACUGAUGCCUAAAGUGGUCGCCAGGUUGGAAUCGCAGGGUUUCCUGUUGUACCAGAAAACUACAAGAAACUCUUACCUGGAGUCUAAUGACGGUCCUGCUCGGCCCGCCUCCAACAUUGACCGCUUUGAGAGAUGUUUCUCCAUCUUUAAACUUGCCAAGGAGGAGAAGCGAGGAGCGACACAGCCAGAGACACUGACAGAAAACGGUGUGCAAAUUCUGCAGACCAAACCUGCCAGACACAAACCGUGGAGAGCCGUGAGAGUGGACCUGGUGGUCUCUCCGAUCAGCCAGUUUGCUUUCGCUCUGCUGGGCUGGACAGGAUCCAAGUUGUUUGAGAGAGAGCUACGACGUUGGGCGGGGCACGAGAAGGCCAUGUCUCUAAGCAGCCAUGCUCUGUACGAUAACAAACAGAGUAGAUAUCUGAGAGCGACGUCGGAGGAGGAGAUAUUUGCACAUCUUGGUUUGGAGUACAUCCCACCGUCAGAGAGGAACGCCUGACCAGACUGCUGAGCCCCUACAGGAGGACCAAGCGGAGUCCCAUCUGAGGUUUAUAACCUGGAAACAGGAGGCUAGAAGGGAGGGUUAAAGGAAUAGUUCAAGAUUUGUUAAGUGGGUCUGUUUGAGGUACUUAUACACAGUCAGUGUAUUAACUGCAGUAGAUGGAGGUCAGCGCGUCACCAGCUUGGAGAAACAGAGAGUUGGACGGAAGCUAAUCAAUAGCAAAACGUAUUUUAGGCACCUAAAAAAAGGCCCAACGACAGCUUGGCUCCAGAGGCUGUAUACAGUAUACGGCUCCAGCCGCCUGGAGCAAAGCAUAGCGCUGAAAACACAAAGCGUACACUGGAACUGAUAUAGAUUUAUUUCAGUGGGCCUUCUUUUAGGUAGCUAAAAUACCAAACCAUCUGCUGCACAGCUGUCCACAGCAGCACGUUGCUUAGCUUCUAUACAACUCUCUGCUUCUGCAAACUCUGGACAUGCUGAACGCCAUCUGCUGCGCUCACGUUAACAAGACCUCAGCUGUUCAGACCUAAAACAGCACCCUGCGUUUAAAAAAAGAUAAGGGGGCUGUAUUGGCGUGGGCGUGUUGCUUCAGGAACCGGUGAGACAAUGCAACAAGAUCCAGAAAUAGUGAGCGACAAAUCCACGAGUUUGAAGGUUUAUUAAAACAUUUUUGAAAGUUUUUAUAAAAGUAUGACACCUGAUUUUACAAAUCUGGAAAAUGAUGACAAUUGUUUUAUAAGGACUGUUUUAGAGAGGUGUUAAUUCGACUGUACGAUAAUUUUAGUGGCUGUAGUUUGUGCUGCUGUUGAACUGUAUUAUGUUAUACUGGCAGGUCUUUCUGUUAUUUUAUCCACCCCAUUUAUAUCGACGAGGACACAGUUCAACAGCACCACAAGGUUUUGUUUUUUGUCAAUAUUUUGCACGUUCAAUGCAGCUCAUAUUAUUUAAGAAUAGAUAUGUUUUACAUGUAGUGAUUUCUUGACUUUUACAGUACUUGUUUCUUGUCUUUGUAUAUUUUGACUGUUAUGCAUCGAAACACCAAGUGAAACUCCUUGUAUGUGAAAUCCUACUUGAAACUACUACUUACUACUACUAACAAUAAUAAACCUGUUUCUUCUUAACUACAACCUCCCAAAUGAUCAUACAGCUGAACCAACACCUCUCUAAAACUGUUCCAACAGCAGAUGAACUGAACUGUAUUGCACUGCUUAUAUUUUACAAUAAAAGAUGUAUGAAUUAA